GCGUUCCAAUCUAGCCCUCUUUUUGACCUCCUGUUGAAAUGAAAAAUUCCGCGGAACACAACGACAAGCCUGGUGACGAGAGUAUAAUGGGAUACAACAGUGGAGAACGGAGUGCCAAUGUAUUAUUAAUGUACAAGAUGGGAUUGUGUCAUUAUCUGCAAAAUGAGUGUAAAACGUGAUGUAAAUUGUUAAUACAUAAGAUGAAAAUGUAAUUUGAGUCUUCCAUUUUGUUCGAAAUAAGAAUGUCAAACUAUCAAGAAGAAGUGAUAUCGCAUUUAGUCUUAAUUUUGACUUCCAAAUUUUUGCAAAAAGACAAAGGUUCUCCAGAAGUGGCAGAAUUUUUUCCUUACGCACUUCGUGUUCUUGGAAGCCACUUUGCUCCAUUGGUUUCAAAGGAUGAAUUUCAGAUUGUUGAGCGUCUAAAGAGGCAGUUUGUGAAUGACAACCAAGAGAAAAAUGCCGCACUCCUUAAUGACUUAUACAAUAAAAUUUUAUCAAGGAGUACUUUAAAAAAUCGUUGGUCUGUUCUGUAUUUGCUAUCAAUUCUUCGAAAUGAAGAUAAAACUGAUUCUAAGUCUAAAGGAAUGCCAUCAUUCUUUGGUCGUGGGUUGCCUGUCUUGUCCACCUCAACUCCUCAAUACCCUUUAAAAUCCACCCUUGCUCCUACUGGUCCUUCGUCUGGAAGCAGUAGUGGUAUUAGCAGCAUUUCCCAUUCUGCAAGAAACACCUCUUCGGCUACUGCUCUUUCAACUGGUGUCCAUUCCUUGACAAGUGAUAAGAAUUCUUUGACUUUACCCACAGCUUCAUCAUCUGCAGUGUCAGUAAAAGAAAACAGCAGAUUUCAAACACCUGGCAUAAAACUAUUGCAAGAAUACAGGAAGAAGUUGAGAGAUGAAAGUGGAAACACAUCGUUUGAAGCUGCAGAUGCUGUUCUUAUACGAGACUUGAUAUACAUCUUUCAAGGCAUUGACGGCAAGUUUAUAAAAUUUGAUCAAAUUGAGGAUGCUUACAGAAUUGAUCGUGACAUCGGAGUAUCGUCGGCUACUCGAGCUCUUGUUAACAAACUUUGUGAAUUAGGUUGGUUGUAUCUGAAAAUAAGACGUUUUCUUGAUGCCCGUUCUGGUAAUAAAGCACUAGGACUUGUUGGACAGAGUUUUUGUGCUGCUUUGCAACUAGAACUAACGGAAUAUUACCGUUUGAUUGCUGUAUUUGAAAGUCAGCAAAAACAAUUUUUUGACGAAGGUCUUGGUGAAGAAACAGGCACUAAUACAUUAACAUUAAGAAGACUGCUUGUAUGGACAUAUACUCCUCUUUUAAGACUCAAGACAUUGGCUGCACUCGUAGAAAUUUGCAAAGGUAAAAAAGGAGGCUCUCUUUUAUCAGCAAUUCAUUCGUACAUGCAACAUGGUGAUCCAUACGUUAAAUCCCUCGUAAAGCACAUACUUAAUCAAGUGGCACAACCUGUAAAGAUCAUUUUAUCGCGAUGGAUUUACGAGGGUGUUGAGGAUACUUACAACGAAUUCUUUGUGGCUGCUGACUACAGCGUUCCUGAUGAACGCUUAUGGUUUGAAAAGUACAGUAUUAGGAAAGCUAUGUUGCCGUCUUUCGUGUCUUUUGAGUUGGGCACAAAGAUAUUGAACAUUGGAAAGUCAAUCAACUUUAUUCGUCAUAUUUGUUAUGAUCGUUUCAUCCUGAAGGAACGCAAAUUGUUGAGUGAAACUGGUCAAGGCUCAUCUAAUUUAACAGAUCAAGCAGACUUUGGUGGAACUGCGCUUCAGGAAGCUAUUGAUAAAGCAUAUAAAGAAACAAGCAAAUAUCUUCUUGAGAUUCUCAUUAACAAGUACAAAUUUGUGGAACAUCUUAAGGGAAUGAGACGGUAUCUUCUUCUUGGCCAAGGCGACUUCAUACGACAUCUAAUGGAUUUACUUGAGCCAGAUCUGGCAAAACCAGCUAGUACAUUAUACACUCAUAAUCUGUCUGGUGUUCUCGAAGCUGCAAUUAGAGCUACUAAUGCUCAAUUUGAAGAUCCUGAUAUCAUCAAGAGACUCGAUUGCAGACUAUUAGAGGUUUCUGCUGGUGAUUCUGGAUGGGAUGUUUUCAGUCUGUGCUACAAAGUUGACGGACCAAUUGGAACGGUGUUUACUCCUGAAUGUACUCUAAUGUACCUAAGGAUAUUUAACUUCUUAUGGCGAGCGAAGAGAAUGGAAUACAUCUUGACUGCUACAUGGAAAGCACAAAUAUCGUAUUCGAGAUUGUUUCGAUCAUUGCCAGAACUGACGGGUGUUCUACAUACAUGUUAUGCUUUGAAUUCAGAAAUGAUUCAUUUUAUUAAUCAAAUGCAAUACUACAUAACGUUUGAGAUUUUAGAAUGCUGUUGGGCUGAGCUUUUAAAGAAAGUUCAUGAGUCUACAAACCUUGAUGAUAUAAUCACAGCACAUGAGAAUUUUCUUAAUUACAUAUUAUCAAGCUGUCUCAUUGAUAACAACUCCAAGGACAUGUUGGAUCAACUACGUGCAAUAUUUGAUCAAAUUAUAAAGUUUCAGCAAACACAAGACGCUUUAUUCUCUCGAGCUCUUUUUGAGUUAAAAUCGAGGAAAAAAAGAACGGACGAUAUUCAGAAAAAUACAGAUGAUGGAUGUUGGGGGUUCACAGUGACCGAAGAAGAACAAGAAGAAUGGAGGCAAGAAGAUUUCAGGACAGAGUUUUUACCAGUUCAAAAGGCUCAACUUCAGAUUGUUUCUCAAUCUUAUGAGAACUUGGUGGAACAAUUUCUUUUGAAGUUGACAAGUCAUUCGGACGUGAAUUUACGAUUUCUCAGUUUCCGUUUGGAUUUUAAUGAGCAUUACAAGAAGAAAGAACCUCGUCUGCGUAGUACGUUGUCAGUUAAAUACACAAGGAGGAAAGGCUUCUCACCAGGAAAGCAGAAAGUUGAUUCUAAUUAAAAGCGGGUAGGCCAACUCUAAACCAGAGUCGUUUACCUAAAAGACGCCUUGUUGUCAUUUUUCUCAUGUUGUCAUUUCUGAAAUGUUUUCAUUUGUAUUUUGAUAUAAAUAAAUGAGUUUUACGCAUUGA